UUUCCAAAUCUACCUUAUAUUAUUGAUGGAAAUGUUAAAAUAACACAAAGUUGGGCGAUAUACAAGUAUCUCGGUCGAAAACUUGGACUGAUGCCAAAUACAGACAACAAGAUAUGUCAAGCUGAAAUAUUGGAAGGCGAAAUACGAGAUCUCCGGACUUUAAACUACAGUUUUUACUCACCAGAUCUUUACGAAAAACAAAAAGAAAUCAAGGAAAGGCAAGAAACAAAGAUUGAAUAUCUUGAAAAGUAUUUCCAAGGCAAGAACUUUGUGUUGGGAGAUGAUAUCUCGUACUUAGAUUUUUCUUUGUUUGAGACCCUGGAUCAUCACCGACUAUUCUUUGCUGACAUUUUUGAUAAAUCACCUAAUAUUCAAGCUUACAUGAAACGAUUCGAAUCAUUGGAAAAACUGGCAAAAUACUUCAAUUCCGAAAAGUACAAAAAAUUUCCAAUUAGUGGACCCAUGGCCAUCUGGGGAGGAAAGGAUUAUGACGACAGGAAAUAGAGGAAUCGUCGUGACAUUAUGGGCAUGGAAGCUAUGCCCAGUCGACUUUAGACAGGGGCUUUGUUUUUAUCAAUUUUAAAAAUAAUUUUUGAAUGUAAAAACAAAUUCGCUCAAACUCUCUACUCUCUUCGCCUAGCUCUCUCUCAAAGAUAGUACC